GACCAGCGUCGACGUCCUCGCCAGUUAUCCACGGCAGUGAAACACACCUUCAGUCAACACGCUUGUGACAAAGGCGUUCCUAUGCUUUACCGUACAAGAGGAGACACGCUUCGAUGUCUCGGUAGUUUAGAUAAUGCUUAAGCUACCCAAAGGACUGAAGAAGAAAAAGAAAGGCAAAAAAUCGAAGAAAGAUCAGGAACUUUUCACCGAAGAGGAGCUCGAGCAGUACCGCCGGGAGCACCAGAACCAAUCGGCGCUCAACUCGGCGGCACCAUCGGACAGCGAGGACCAGCCGGGCGGCAGCGAAAAGUCCGAAAACGACGAGGAAUGGUCCAAGUUUGCCGCCCUUACGAGUGGCAUUGAUUCGGUGCUAAAGAAAACCCAGGGUGAUCUAGACCGCAUAAAGAGCACCUCGUUCUUCCAGAAGGUACCGACCAAGGUUGAGCAGGAGGCAAAGGAGCGGGAGGAGCGCGAACGCCGCGAGCAGGAGGAACGCGAACGGGCGGCAGAAGCCGAAAAGGCAAAAGAGGAACAGCGUGCAGCGGAGGAGCUAAUAAACGCUGUCGUUGAGCUAUCGGAAUCGGAACCGAAUUCCGAAGCGGAGGAAGAUAUCUUUGAUACGGGAUACAUCGAUGCGAUAGCAAGUGGUGAACUACCGAUCGCUUACGUACCCGAGUCGCCCGUACUUGAAUCGUUCGAGGGUGAGGACCCGUUUGACACUUCGUACGCGGAAAAGGUUAUCAAGGGACCGGAAGUUUCGAAGCGGGGCAAGAAGAUUGUGAAUAUCGGAUCGGCUGUCGAGGUACUUACUGGCCGGGUUGAGAGUGUUGGUACCGGUUCGACGAAAGGCAAUAGACAGAGGCGUGGAAUACAGAACCUUCUGCUAGCGAGUUUUGACGAGAGUGAGCAGCAGCAGCAGCAGCAGGGACGGUGCGAAGGUGAGCCCAGAUUUGGUGCCGAAGGUAAAUCAGCGGAACAUUCAGUUGGAGUAGCAGAGCCAGCAGCAUUUAGCUUGUUAGAUGAUUCAGCCGAUCUACCGGGGGACGUUCCGAUCGAUUUAAGUGUAUCGUUGCAUCUGACGCUACAAAAACAACAACAAGAACAGCUGCAAGAGGAGAGCGAAACUCACCAGGAAGCAUCCGACACUGUUACCGCUCCGGUACUCGAUCUAGACGAGUUUGACGACCUUAAGAAACGCACAUCAGUCCUCGCUGGAGGUGACGAUUUUGAGCUACUAAUCGGAGACGCCACUGGCUCUAAAGAUCGAGUCAAAGCUGCAGGAAACGCGAACCUACCGGUAGUUGAUUUAGACGAGUUCGAAGACGCUCCUGUAGACGAUCCGUUCGAUACAGGGUUUGUUGAGCGUAUUCUGCCAGCAACAGCCGUUGAGGACGACGAGUUUGAUCCUCGGGCCGAAGAACCAGAAGUACCGGAGGACGACUUUGACUUUGAUCCACGGGCUGCCGAACGGGACGAAAAGCGUCCGAGUACACCGGAUCUCUUCUCCGUCGAUCAGCAUAGUUCGCUGCAAGUGUCGGCAACCGGUUCCGGUACGCUUACCAAAGAUUUGCUCUCUGGCAGCAGUUCAGAUCUAGCAGUUAUCGCUCACGCACCACUCGAGUGUACCGCGGGUGGUGUUCAAGCAGCGUCGGUAUCCACCACAGCGGAUCCAUUCGACACCUCGGACGUUGAGUUUAUUGUUGCGCCGGGUAAGACAGAGCUAAAGUUUCUCGAGGAAGAACUUCUCACGGAUCGUAGUACCGGUCUGAGCCACUCGCUCAGUGAUCCUGACUUUGAUCCGCGUGCCGAGGCAGAGGAAGAGGCUCGCACAGCCCAGGAAGAGCAACGUACGGAGGAAGACUUUCAAUCACUAGCGCAGCGUAAAUCAUCGCUCAGCCUACACAUCGGCAACGGAGGCGCAUUAGGUGGUGGUGCUAAUCGUAGCAAGUCGGUAGUGUUUGCAGUACCAACGCCGGAUCUACUGAAGCUCGACGGAGAGCAAUCAAUUGCGAAGAAACCACUAACACCAUACUACAAUCGUGAACCAUCGCUACCGGACGUAGAGGCGGAUCCGUUUGACACAUCGUUUGUGCCGUCGGUAGCACCGACCCAGCUUGAGCUAAGCUUGCUAGAGCAGGAACUGAACAGUGCAUCGCUGCACCACAGUCUAUCCGAUCCGGAGUUUGAUCCGCGUGCCGACUCAUCCCCAGCAGCAGCACCUACCGCCCGUUCGGAUCUGCUUGGUGUGAGUGAGGAGGAGCAUUUGCAGAAGGUGUUAACACCGGCUCGUGGUGGGGUUGCAGUUGAGGCGGAUCCUUUCGAUACAUCGAUCGCAGUAAAUUUGCAGCCAGGUCGGGCCGAAUUGAAGUUACUCGAGGACGAGCUCAUACCACCGGUCGCCAAGGAUAGUAGUGUGGUGUCGGAUAUCCUGUCCGACGGUGCACCGGAAGCUAGUUCCGUCUUUGUGAAGGUAUUAACACCGCAAGCCAGCAACAGUUCGCUCGAUCUCGGUCUUGGUGGUGCUGAGGCGGAGGACAUCGAUCCUUUUGAUACAUCGUUUGUGCCGAGCUUGGGACCGGGACGGGCAGAAAUUAAGCUGCUCGAGAGUGAGCUAAUUGAUCAGUAG